AUGAGUCUGAAAGUUAAUAUUCUCGGCCAUGAGUUUGCCAAUCCACUCAUGAACGCCGCUGGUGUACUCUGUAGUACAAUAGACGAUCUGCAAUGCAUGACCGCCUCUUCCAGCGGCUCACUGGUCUCGAAGAGUUGCACAACUGCACACCGUGAUGGAAAUCCCGAGCCGCGAUACUGCGGACUGCCACUCGGUAGUAUUAACUCCAUGGGACUUCCCAAUUUGGGAUUUGAUGUCUAUCUAAAGUAUGCGAAUGAGCAGCACGACUAUGGCCGGAAACCACUCUUUCUCUCCAUGUCCGGACUCUCCGCGGAGGAGAAUGCCGCGAUGUGUAAGAGACUCGCACCUGUAGCCAAAGAGAAGGGUGUGGUGUUGGAAUUAAAUCUUUCAUGCCCGAAUGUACCCGGCAAACCACAAGUGGCCUACGACUUUGAUACGAUGCGUGUGUAUUUAAAGGAAGUAUCAGAGGCGUAUGGAUUACCAUUUGGAGUGAAGAUGCCACCGUAUUUUGAUAUUGCCCACUUUGAUAUGGCGGCUGCGGUGUUAAAUGAAUUCCCACUUGUUAAAUUUGUAACGUGUGUAAACAGUAUUGGUAAUGGUCUUGUGAUUGACCCAGCAACGGAAACGGUUGUGAUUAAACCCAAACAAGGGUUUGGUGGUGUGGGUGGGAAAUACAUUCUCCCUACUGCGUUAGCCAAUGUGAAUGCGUUUUAUCGCCGUUGUCCAGAUAAAUUGGUAUUUGGCUGUGGUGGUGUUUACACGGGUGAAGAUGUCUUUCUUCAUAUUCUUGCUGGGGCAUCCAUGGUACAGGUGGGAACCGCACUGCAUGAGGAAGGACCCGCUAUCUUUGAUCGUCUCGCUACGGAGUUGCAGGAAAUUAUGAAGAAGAAGGGUUACAAAACACUGGACGAGUUUCGUGGACGUGUCAAGACAAUUGAAUAA